UGCUCUUCCGGAUUGGCGGCGGGAGAAUGGUUAUUAUUUGCUAGCGGCAUCGAAGUGGCGGGUGAUUUCAGCAUGGCGGCCUCCAUAGAAGCUUGUGUUUCUGGUCCACGGGAGGGAUGCUGGCCCGAAGGCUCGGGUGCCGAAAGCGGCUUUAUUCGCGCCGUCUUGGCGUUGCCUGCCAAACCGAAUACUACUGUGAGGUUCUUUGAGCGCGGCGACUACUACACGGUGCAUGGCGAAGAUGCAAAGCUGGCGGCGACGGAGGUCUUCAAAACACAAGCGAUCAUUCGGAUCCUGGGCUCAGGAACUCAGAAACUCGAGAGUGUUGCACUCAGCAAGAUGAAUUUUGAAUAUUUUGUGCGAAAUCUUCUUCUGAUUCGUCAGUACAGGGCUGAGGUAUACAAGAACAAGGCAGGAAAUAAAUCCACCAAAGAAUCUGAAUGGUAUUUGGCCUAUAAGGGUUCUCCAGGUAACCUUGUUCAAUUUGAAGAUGUUCUUUUUAGUAACCAUGAUAUGUCCUCUUCAGCUGGUGUUGUAGCCAUUAAGCUGUCCUCGGUUAAUGGACAGAAAGUUGUUGGAGUAGGAUAUGUGGAUUCACUGGCAAGAAAAUUAGAAAUAUCUGAAUUUGCAGAUAAUGAUCAGUUUUCCAAUCUUGAAGCACUGUUGAUACAAAUGGGGCCAAAGGAAUGUUUGCUGCCAGUUGGGGAGACUGCUGGAGAUAUGGAGAAACUGAAGCAGGUGGUUCAAAGGGGAGGAAUCCUGAUCACGGAUAGGAAAAAGACUGAAUUUUCAACAAAAGAUGCUGUUCAAGAUCUCAACCGUUUGCUGCAAUCAGGAAAGAAGGACCGUGUGUCUAGUGCAGCAUUACCUGAAAUGGAUAAGCAGGUUGCCAUCUCUUCUCUGUCUGUAGUGAUUAAAUACUUAGAGCUGUUAAAUGACGAGUCUAACUUUGGACAAUUUGAACUUACCACGUUUGACCUUAAUCAGUAUAUGACCCUGGAUCAUGCUGCUGUCAGAGCCCUUAAUCUUUUUCAGGAUUCUUCAGAAUUUACCCAAGGAACACAUUCACUGGCUGGAUUGUUAAAUAAAUGCAGAACACCUCAAGGACAAAGGCUAGUCAACCAGUGGAUCAAACAACCAUUGAUGGAUAAGAACAAAAUAGAAGAAAGGUUAGAUAUGGUGGAGGCCUUCAUGGAAGAUGGAGAACUAAGGCAAAUUCUUCAGGAAGAUCUCCGCCGCUUCCCAGACUUCAAUCGGAUAGGAAAAAAAUUUCAGAAGAAAGCUACUCUGCAGGACUGUUACAAAAUGUAUCAGGCAAUUAAUCAGCUACCUAAUGUGAUACAGGCACUGGAAAAAAAUAAUGGAAACUGCAAUAUGCUACUAGAUGCGAUAUUCACAAAACCUCUUAAAGAGCUAAAUUGUGAUUUCUCCAAUUUCCAAAAGAUGAUCGAUGAAACUUUGGACAUGAAUACGGUGGAAAGUCAUGAAUACCUUGUCAAACCUUCCAUUGACCCCAAUCUUGCUGAAUUGAGAAAAAGUAUGGAUAAACUGGAAGAAAAAAUGCAGGGUGUCCUGAAAAUUGCAGCCAAGGAAUUAAGUUUGGAACCUGGCAAGAGUAUCAAAUUAGAAUGCAAUGCACAGUUUGGACAUUUUUUCAGAAUUACCUACAGAGAAGAGAAGGUUCUGCGGAAUAAUGCGAAAUAUAAGAUCUUGGAAACCCAGAAAAAUGGGGUGAAGUUCUCUAACAGUGCAUUGAAAGAUAUUAAUGAAGACUAUAUGAAGAACAGAAAAGAAUAUGAAGAAAUGCAAGAUGCUGUAGUUAAAGAAAUAAUCAAUGUUGCAUCAGGGUAUAAAGAACCCAUUCAAAUUCUCAAUGAUGUCAUUGCCCAGCUAGAUGCCAUUGUCAGUUUUGCUCAUGCAUCAAAUUCAGCACCAAUACCAUAUGUGCGCCCAGUUAUUCUAGAAAAAGGGCAAGGAAGAAUUAUCUUGAAAGCUUCCAGGCACCCUUGCAUUGAAGUUCAAGAUGAUGUUGCCUUCAUCCCAAAUGAUGUUACUUUUGAGAAGGACAAACAGAUGUUCCACAUCAUAACUGGGCCAAACAUGGGAGGAAAAUCAACUUAUAUACGGCAGACUGGGGUGAUUGUUCUUAUGGCCCAAAUUGGAUGUUUUGUGCCGUGUGACUCUGCAGAAGUGACUGUCGUAGAUUGCAUCCUGGCUCGAGUUGGAGCUGGAGAUAGUCAACUGAAAGGGGUAUCUACCUUCAUGGCAGAAAUGCUGGAGACUUCCUCCAUCCUUAGGACUGCAACCGAGCAUUCUUUGAUAAUCAUUGAUGAGUUAGGGAGAGGAACAUCAACAUAUGAUGGAUUUGGAUUGGCUUGGGCAAUUUCUGAAUACAUUGCCAGCAAAAUGAAAGCUUUUGCUAUGUUUGCUACUCAUUUUCAUGAAUUGACAGCACUGGCUGAUCAAAUACCCACUGUAAAUAACUUGCAUGUUACAGCAUUAACCACAAAGGAAACACUGACAAUGUUGUACCGUGUGAAAAAAGGGGCCUGUGACCAGAGCUUUGGUAUCCAUGUAGCAGAAUUAGCUGCCUUUCCCAAACAUGUCAUUGAGUGUGCCAAGGCCAAAGCCCUGGAACUGGAGGACUUCCAAAACAUUGGAAUAUCUCAGGAGGAGGAUGAAGAACCAGCUGCCAAAAGAUGCUACAGGGAGAAGCAGGAGGGGGAACAAAUAAUUCAAGAUUUCCUUUCUCAAGUGAAAGCAAUGCCAUUGACAGAAAUGUCUGAAGAAGAAAUCCGGACCAAACUAAAGGAAUUAAAGGACUACGUUUUGAGGAAAAAUAAUUCUUUUGUAAAUGGAAUCAUUUCCCGCAUCAAUGGUACCUCAUGAUACAUAACUAAAACCACUUGAACUUGUGAUUCUUUUCUGAUCAUAAUCUCUGAAGUGACACCACAACUACUUUGUCCCCUCUUACUCCAAUGCAAUAGUAAAGAAGAAGCCUCAGGAAUCAUUGUGUUCCAUUUUCUCAUCCACAUACAUAAAGAGAGUCAGAACAGUAGUUGGGAAAUCUAUAACAAUGAUACAAACACCUAGUCGGACUGCCCUUAAGUGGGCAGAAAAGCUUCAGAACUGACAUACACAUCUUCUUCUUUGGUGUUCUGUCAGUUGUACUUUUUCCAUGCCAGAUCCAAAGUUCCUUUAACUACUUUGGAUCUGGAUGCUACAGACUUCUUUACAUUACUAAAUAUUAUAACCAUGAAGCUAUGCUUUUGGUGCUGUUUAUGUAUAUAUAUGCUAUAUCUUGUUGGGUUGUAUUUUGCUGCAAUCACUGAAGAAUUCUUGUUUCAAUCUUACUUUUGAAAAAUAUACUUUUGUGGUAUCCUCUGAAAUACUUUCAGGCAUUUGACAGCCUUGGAAUAAAUCACACUUCUCUGUCAUUAAGAGGUAUGUUAAUGUCACAGAAACAAAAAGAGACAUGGCAUUUUGCUAUUAUUUGUGAGAGGCCCAUAGCUUAUGCCAAUAUAUUUAACUCUGAAGUCUGGAACAAAAAAAGCAUUUACUAAUGCUUGUGUUUAAUUUGCGUGUUGGUGAAGGGUGUCGUUAUAUGACUUCCAUGGGAUUCCAAACUUAAAAUUGUUAUCCUUAAUGCAGUGUAAAGUUUUACUACAUAUUUUAUUCAUGUUUUAUUCAAAACAUUUCAAACGACUUGAAGAAAAUAAAAAUAGUUGGUCUUCCAAUUAGUUUGUCUUCCUGUUAGUCUGUCUUCCACUAUCGUUUAGUGGCAUAUUAUACCCAUAUUUCUUCAGUGAAUCUUUGUGGAAUUUCUUACAUGUCUGUACUGUAUUACACAUAUUACUCUAUUUCUUUUUUUGAACAAAUGAUAAAAAUACAAGAAUAUUUGCUUCUAAUAUUUUAUAGGUAAUAAUUAUGCCACUAAUGAAACAGAGAAUUAAGAAAAUACUUUACUUUCUAGAGGAGAUAAUGGCAUAUAAGUUUAAUUUUGAAAAGUUUAAAGUUUUUCCCUGUCCAGUCAUGACUGAUUUUAAAAGGUGAUGCUCAUCUCCAAUUCUUAGCCUAGGGAUCCUGUUUUGUUUGAGAGAUGCUUUCAUCAUCAUGUGGCCAUCAGCAUGAAAGUACAAAAAACAGUAACUUUUUUCACCAAUGUGGUACCUCUUUAUCUACUCACAUUUGCAUGCUUUUCAACAACUAGGUUGGCAGAGCUAGGGCAAGAAUGGGAGCUCACCCUGUUGCGCAGAACUGAGAUUCGAACCCCACCUUCAGUGGUUUUUUUUUAUUCAAAAAGUUUUACAAACAUUUUUACCCAUACUUCCCCUCCUCCUCCCCCAACCCUCCCCCUAUCCCCUAUCCCCUCCCCCACCCACCUUCACCCACUCGCCCCACCUCCCAAGCUUCCCAGAGCAAAAUACAGGAUAUAACACCUAACAAACAUAAACUAAAAUAAGCAAACAAUCCUUAAAUUUCCAUCUCUCCCCUAGUACCUUAACUCCCCUCAUCCUAAAGAAAAAAAGAAAAAAAAAGAAUAAAGAUAUUUCUAUUCAUAAAAUAUUUUCAGUCCCUCUUCUCCAUUCUAAUAUUCUUCCGUAAACAGUUUUUAAGUACAGUAUUCCAUCUUCCAAUAUUUCAAUGGCAAAAGUCCAACUAUUAUUAUUAAAUUUAGAGUCAAUUUACUCCCUAUUAUUCUUCAAAAUAAUAUCUUGUAUAGUCCACCAGAUUUGUAAAUCCAUCAUGCAUAAUAAUAAGUAAUAUUACGCUGUUUUCAGUCCUUCUUCUCCAUUCCAAUCUUCUUUCGUAAAUAGUCUUUUAAGUACUCUAAAGUUUCAUAUCAAAAAUCCAUAUGAUAAUAUUAGAUUUAAAGUCAGUUUACUCCCUAUUAUUCUUCAAAAUAAUGUCUUAUAUAGUCCACCAUAUUUGAAAUCCAUCAUACAUAAUAAUAAAUAAUAUCAUUCUCCAUCUCUUAUUCUAUUAUCAUUACCUUAUUUAACCCCAAACCUUAAAUAAUCAGAUAGCAUUACUAUGGUCACUCCAAUAUUUAGAUUAAAAAUUCAGACAGUACCAUUUACAUUUACAUUUAAUCCUUCUUCCCCAUCCAUCAUUAUAAAUUACCAAAUAUUUUAAUUCAAUUAAUAAUUCAACCAUAUGUAAUCAAAUCUCCAACAUUUAAAUUAUAAAUUCAAACACAGAUAAUUUUUUUUACAAACUCCAAAUAACAUCUUUACAGAAAUCAUAUAUAAAUUGACCUUUCUUCUUAUAUUAUAUUCAAAUAUUUCAGUUAUAAUUUAUCCUUUCCCAUAAAAAGAAGACUCUUUUCGCUUAAAACUAUUUCUUCUUUCCGCCCAGCUCAAUCUUCGCUUCUCUGCAUCCCCUACUUUUCCCAAUGUUUCUUCUUCAAUAAUUGCACUCCCAACAUUAUCUUGUAUUCCUUCCUUCUCCCACCAUUUUUCCCUCUCCACUCCUGUUCUCAUCUUAACCUCUAACAGUGGGAGAUUUAAUACAUUAGUAUAAAAAUCUCUUGCUUUAACAACUGUAUUAAGACAAAACUUUCUUGCUUUAUAAUAUACUGUUAAACCGGCUGGAACAUCCCACCUAUACUGUAUCAGAUGUUUCCUAAGUUCUUCCACCAAAAAAGCAAACUCUUUUCUAUUGCUUAGCAUUUUAGAAGGAAUUUCUUUCAUCUUGUUCUACUAUUUGAAUUUUAUUUUUAUAAAAUUCUUGUAAAAUUCCAUUUCUAAUCUUCUUGGUUGUGAAGUAAAUCACAACAUCUCUUGGAGCUGCCUUUGUCUGGCAAACCAAGAAUUAACCCGAUAGAUUUUUUCAAUAUGGACUUCAAAAUACGCAUCCCUUCUUAGACCGGGAUUCCCUAUGCACAGUCACUCAUGCCCUUGUCACUUCCCGCCUGGACUACUGUAACGGUCUCUACAUGGGGCUCCCCUUGAAGAGCACCUGGAGGCUCCAACUGGUGCAGAAUGCGGCCACGCAGGUGAUAGAGGGAGCGACUCGUGGCUCCCAUAUAACACCUCUCCUGCGCAGGCUGCACUGGCUUCCGGUGGUCUUCCGGGUGCAAUUCAAGAUGUUGGUUACCACCUUUAAAGCGCUCCAUGGCAUAGGACCAGGUUAUUUAUGGGACCACCUGCUGCUACCGGUGGCCUCCCAUCGACCAGUGCGCUCUCAUAGGGAGGGUCUCCUCAGGGUGCCGUCACCCAGACAAUGUCGGCUGGCGACCCCCAGGGGGAGGGCCUUCUCUGUAGAGGCUCCAGCCCUCUGGAACGAGCUACCAUCAGGUAUCUGCCAACUCCCUGAUCUCCGGACCUUUCGUCGUGAGCUGAAAACAUUUCUGUUCCAUCACGCAGGACUGGCCUAAUGGGUUUUUAAAUGGGGUUUUUAUUGGAUUUUAUAGUCUCCAGCCAAAUUCAAUUCUGAACCUCUUCUAUUUUCUUUUCCAAAUUCAAAUUAAUUUGAUUAAUUUCUUCCAUUCUUUCGUCCAACUGGAUGAUAUUUUGUGAAAAACAUUGACAUGCUGCCACCACACUUUCCAUAUCCUUAUUCCAGACUUCCACCGUAUUUUUAGUUCCAAUAUUUCUUUUUCAAUUUCACUAAAUUUUUGGUCUAUCAAGCCUUUUAAAUAUUCCUUCAGAUCUUCUUUUAGUUUGUGUAUUUGAGCUAGCGAGAUUUCAAAGUCCUUAGAAACACUUAGCUUCGUUUGCUUAAAAGCCAUUUCUUUUUAAACUUUGUACUCUACAAAAAGGAAAAAAAAAUUCAAUGAAUCUUCUUCGGAUCUUCUCUUCAACACAGUAAUUAAAUGAAAUAGAUCAGUUCUUAUUCACUCCUUGGGCUUAACCUCUUCAUAUAACAUCGGCGCCGGCAUCUUUAACAAGCACCUCUUUAACUUUCACUUUCACGCUUUAUUGCAACAAAGACACCAUUUCCUUUCCUCUUUUUAAGUCAUUUCACAUCUACCUCAUGGAGCAGGCAGAAAAUAAGAUUACAUAACAUCUCAGGCAUUCAGUAAGUCAUUUCAAGAGAAAAAAUAUACGUUAACUAAAAAAAUUAAAAUUUAUUAUUUGCAAUCUUUUGAUUCAGUCUCUUCGUGUAACAUCGGCACCGACAGCUUUAACAGGCAUUUCCUUAAGUUUCGCUUUCAUGCCUUGUUACAACAACGCCAUUCCCUUUCUUCUUCUUAGAUCGUUUCAAAAAAAUUAUAUUGUAACUGAGGAGUUAAACUCUGUUACUUGCCACUAGAGUACUCCUGAUUUUGCUCUGUCUGGUAAAAGAAAAUCCAUUCCAACUUCAAUAUUGGUCACAGAAGUGGUCACGGUGUUUUGCUCUGCCCAAGGCAGAGGUGCCCCGGAUCCGGAGCUUGUCGAGCUUAUGAGGGAGCUCUCACCCUCAAGCCUCCAGAAUCAUUCCUGGGGCUUUCCAGGGAGCUCUACCUCAGCUCGAUUGUUCACCAUUCCCUCUUUGCCAGAGGGAAAGGUUUCCGAGUCGCCAGACAGCUGAUUUGCGCUGUCUGAGUGGCUCUACGCGAUCAUGGGGCUAGCGGUCUAAAAAAAGACCACCAUCAACAAUCUGUGGUGCCACUGGAAGGCCCCCCCCCACCUUCAGCUUUCUAACUGACAAGCCCAGCAUCUUAACCUUUGAGCCAUUGUGCCAUUCUAAGUUAGAUUGAUUGAUUGAUCGAUCGAUUGAUAAUCUAAGUGAACAGAAGGCAUAGUUUUGUUCAAAUGGAAACUUUUUGCUAGUAUACUAAUUUAUGUAUUAACCAUUUAUUAAUCUGUUUAAAUUAUGAUUGAUAAUAAUACUCACUCUCAGACAAAUGUUGAGAUCCUCCAGGGGCUAUAUAGUACUGCUCAAUUUUCUAAGAAAUCCUCUAAAGCUAAGUAAGCCAAUUCAUUAAAACUCAAGUACUUUUCUUCAAAAAAAUAUUUUUCUUUCUCUUCUUUUUCUGAAGUACAUGGUAGCUGAAAAAGAAGCUGUAAUAGGAAUGCAGUAACAGUGACAGUUUUGGGAUGUAAAUUGUGCUACUGUUGAGAGUUAAAGUGUCAUUUAACUGUCAAUUUUUUUGUACAAAUGAUUUUCUUUCUGCUUAGUUCUAACAGGACUAAGUGGUUGUGUGUGGUAGCUUUUCAGUUAAGGGGAGAACAGCCUUUAGAAUUAAUGAAUGGGCCUGAAAAAUAUGGAUCAUAUUGUCUUAUUGGAGGUCCCCUUUCAAAUGUUUUCUAUUUCCAAUCAGCACGUAGCAUUUUGGGAUUAUUGUAGAGCAGUAUAUAACAUGCAAGCAUGUUUAUUGUCAAGGCAGAAAUUAUUGUCUAAAACAUUUCCUGGCCUCAGCAUUAUUCAUUAAUAGAAUUGGCAAAACAGUAGCUGGGGUCACGCAUUGCACUAAGCUAUAAUGUGGUUGGAUUGUUUAUGGCUUAGUAUUAUUGUGCAAAUGAGGUUGUUUGAGUUUGUUCAGCAAUUACAAUUAGCACAUAGUUUAUGUUCACUCCAUUAGCUAAAAAGCUGUUAAGUAUAAGGAUAUUGGUAUAUAUAUUAAUAUACAUAUUGGUGGCCAUAGUGAUCUGUCUUGUAUGUUCCAUGACUGUUCCAUGUUGUGAAUUUUGACAGGGAUCUUUAAUUAUAGUUUCUUCAUAUUUUUGAACUGGAGAUGCCAGCAAACCGGCCUGGCAGUUUUUGAUUACAAAGGAUAUACUUACUGUUGGGGUCAUGUUCUCUGAAGGCCAUCUGGUGGAAAACUAGUGGACUUCCUAGUGCAGUUGAUUGGCCACUGUGAAAACAAACUGCUGGAUUAGAUAGUAAUAGCAUUUAGAUUUAUAUACCGCUUAACAGUGCUUUACAGCCCUCUUUAAGUGGUUUACAGAGUCAGCAUAUUGGCCCCAACAAUCUGAGUCCUUGUGGGUCUUAUAGAUGAAUCUAGGGUCUUAUACAGCAGGGCAUAUAUCCUCUUGCUGUAUUAUAUCCAAGUCUUUGCUUUAUAUAGAGAGACUGAAAUUGCCAUGGUCAUGACUUUGACAGGUUGCAAUUACCGGUAGACUAUUGCAUGACUUGCUAAGUCAAGAAUCCCUAAUCUUUUGGAUCAGUGAGUACAUUUUCAAUGUUGCAGGGUUGUAAUGGGCACUCUAAAAAUUGCUGUGUGAAAGAGGACAAAACAUCCAUUUAUUAGACUAGUUUGUUUGCUCCCAGCUACCUCCUCUAAGUCUUCUACAUUCCAGCUUAUAUCUGUCUUUUCUUCAGAUCGAGUAGUCAUACUCUGAAUCAGAAAACUGGGCUGAAGAUCCCCAUUAUUUAUAUUUCUAAAGAUCCCUCCAAGAGGUAUACAGAAUCCAUAAGCAGUCUUAGAAAUAAAUAUUAUGUUUGAGUUGAUAAUUGGCUUUACAGCAUACUAGUUUUCCUUUUUUUUCAGUUUAAAUUCAAAUAAAAUAACAUCUGAUAAGGCAUGAUGCCUGUCAGGCACUGUAAGAGAUGUGAAAAAUGUCAUGUUGGGACCCAGUUUGGUUAAGAAUAUUAUAAAUUAUUGAUUUUUUGCUAACUCCACCUGAUGAAGCUCCAUGGACAGUCAAGAAAACAAACAAAUGGAUCAUCAAAUAAAUCAUCCCAGAGUUCUAACCUGAGAGAUACAUAACUGGCCUCAAGUUAUCCUACUAAAAUCACAUAAUGUGAAGAACUAAUUCUCUGGAGAAGGCUCUAAUGAUGGGAAAGAUGGAAAGAAACGGAAGCAGCAAGGCUGAUGGAUACGGUUAGUCGUGAUUAUUGCACCACUGGGCCUGAAAAACUGAGCUAGGGAUAGAUCAUCAUAAAGAAAAUCUAUGUGGUUGCUAAGAGUCCUUAAAGCUCUUGAUACAAACUUUCUCAUAGUUAAUGUUAAACAGAAGCCCCGUAAAAUGUACCCCAGUAAAUCAUAUAAAAUAAAGCAUAAUGUGAAAUAUGACCAUUUGAUUUUGCUCUGAUUUGGUUGAGAAUGAGUGUUGUAUCAAUUUGUUAAAGGCA